UUAUUAUUAUUAUUUUAAUACCGUACACAACGACCAUAUUGUAACGACAACAAUAAAAAAUGGCCAAAAUAGUGGAUAAAGCCAUGUGGAGUGCUGGACCAGUGUUUAUAGUUAUAGCUAUUGCAUUAGUGGAUAUGUGUGUAUUGGCUUACUAUUUAGUUGUUUUUCCAUACAAUCACCAUUGGUUUUCUGAAGACAUAACUUUAUUAGGCAAGCUAGGCAUUAUUCUGACUGUAUUAUUUACCUUAUAUAUGAUUUAUUGUAUUCAUUUCCACUAUUAUAUGGCGAUCAAGACUCAUCCUGGUGGCAUGACGGAUACUGUAAUACAUGGAACAGAAGACGAUUCAACACAAUAUACUUUAUUACAAUAUGAAGAAAAUGCUCAAUACCCCAAGAUAUGUAAAAAAUGUCAUUUACCCAAGCCUGAAAGAGCUCAUCAUUGUAGUGUUUGUAAUUCUUGUGUAUUACGAUUUGAUCAUCAUUGUCCAUGGAUUCAUAAUUGUGUUGGCCACUAUAAUCAUCGGUACUUUGUUUUGUUUAUGACUUAUAUGGUUCUAUCAGCUGCAUACUUUGUUAUAUUUGGAUGGCGUCCUUUUAUCAUAUGUUUAGAUAUUGCAAAUCCUGAAUGGCCAUACUACUUUCCUCGUCCAUUGAUGGCUUUUGCAUAUAUUUUAUCCAUAUGUAUGGGAUUGGCUUUAGGGGCAUUAUGUGCAUGGCAUUACUAUUUGGUAUUGACAGCACAAACCACUGUGGAAUUUUACAAUAAUUAUUAUGAAAAGGGGAUUGCCAAAAGUCAAGGAGAGAUCUUUGUCAAUAUGUAUGAUUUUGGGUAUCUCGAAAAUAUUAGAAAAUUCUUCAAUAUUGGCGAAAAAUAUGCUUGGUAUACAGUGUUUUAUCCUAUUCCUAUUCCUCCUCAAGGUAAUGGUCGUCAUUUUGAAAAGUGUCAAGAAUUUUACUUAUUACCGGAAACUGUUCAACAAGAUGCGAUUUUGGCCAAUCAAGCUGUACAAGAUUUGGAGGAUGUCAAGGAUCUUUAAAUUUAGCAAGACCGAAUGGUUAGGGAUAUGAGGUUGAUGUAUAGUUAAUUAGAAGAGUUACAUUUGUAUAGGCUUCAUUAUUUAUUAUUAUUAUUAGUUUUAUUAUCAUUAUCAUUAUUAUUAUUAUUAUUACUAUCAUUACGUUGUACCAACAAUAGCAUUUUUUUUUUUAUUCUCUGUUUUCGUUUGCAUCUUGUAUUUAUUCAUAAAUAUUCCACCUUCAAUUUUUACUAUACAAUAAAACUACUUCUCUAUA